AUGGAGAUUGCGAUAGCUAAACGAGAACUCCGUAAGCUUGUUAAAAAAAAGCUUCUCUCCCUAUCCAACAGUGAAUUGAGAAGCCAAUCAUUAUCUAUAUGCGAAGCAUUGAGUAAUAUCCCAGAAUUUCAAAAUGCAAGAUCGGUUGCAUUGUACAUGAGUAUGCCUAAAAUGGAAGCACGAACACUUCCAAUUAUCGAAAAAUGCUUCAAGAGAAACAAAAAGCUCUACUUACCGAGGUGUUUGUACCAUGCCGCCGAUGGAAGGAUGAGCAAUCACUUGCAAAUGUUAGAAAUACCUUCAUUUGAAGAAAUUUCACAAUUGCAACCACAAGGGAAAUACAAUCUUUUGGAACCAACUACUGGGAAUGAUCUAUUGGAAUCUAAAGAUGGAUUGGAUGUUAUUAUAGUGCCGGGGGUUGCUUUCACUACUGAUAAAAAACGGCUUGGUCAUGGAGCGGGCUUUUAUGAUGAAUUUCUUAGUACGUAUCAAACAAAGUUUGGAAAACCACCUUACAUUAUUGGUAUAGGGCUAACCCAACAACUAGUUGACCACAUACCCACAGAAGCUCACGAUUGGAGCCUAGACUGCAUUGUACUUGGAGAAGAUGUUUACAAGUAA